CACCUGUGGCCGCCUCACGCGAGGCUCGGCCUCAGCUCCCGCCUCGAGCACUCGUUCCUGACGAAGACCGUCUCGCGGGAGAGCGUGGCUGCCGCAUCCCUGCGGCAACUGUACCGGGAAGGUGGCAACGAGUUCGCCGAGAUCGCCGCCGAUUCCAUGCGGGUCAAUGGCGCCAUCCGCCAGUUCAAGCAGCUCCGCAAGCCCACGGGUUACACGUCCUCGACAGCGUCCCUUGAGCGAGCCUCGUCCAUGAAGGGCCAGAACUCGACGGACAGCGAGACGGCGGCCAUCGCGCUGGUCGGCGUCACCUCGGAGCAGCCCGCGGCCGCCGACGAUGCGGCCAAGAAGAAGGCCGCCGGCUUCCACAAGCCCAGCGUCGGAUACCGGCUCGGCCGGCGUAAGGCGCUCUUUGAGAAGCGGAAGCGCAUUUCCGACUACGCCCUCGUCAUGGCCAUGUUCGGCAUCGUCAUGAUGGUCGUCGGGAACGAACUGUCCGCUGCCUUAGUCUACAACAAGGCCUCUGUAUUUUCUACUGCUGUGAAAACAUUGAUCUCCGUCUCCACGCUUAUGCUAUUAGGUCUUAUAGUUGCCUACCAUGCCCUUGAAGUACAGCUGUUUAUGAUCGACAACUGUGCCGACGACUGGAGAAUUGCGAUGACCCCCCAACGGAUCUCGCUAAUCUUCCUCGAGUUGGCCGUCUGCGCCGUCCAUCCCAUACCUGGGGAAUACUAUUUCACGUGGACCACCAAACUGGCUAAUCAGAACGGUAUUGUGGAAUCCCGCAAGGUGCCGAUCGACAUUACUCUGUCCUUGCCCAUGUUCCUACGCCUAUACCUCAUAUGCAGAGUGAUGCUUCUGCAUAGUAAACUGUUCACAGAUGCCUCAUCCAGGAGCAUUGGAGCACUCAACCGAAUCAACUUCAAUACGAGGUUCGUCCUCAAGACCCUCAUGACCAUUUGUCCGGGAACGGUGCUCCUGGUCUUCAUGGUUUCUCUGUGGAUCAUCGCUUCGUGGACGCUGAGACUCUGCGAGAGAUAUCACGACGAGGAGCAUGCUAAUUUACUUAACACUAUGUGGUUGACGGCCAUUACUUUUCUAUCUGUCGGUUACGGCGACAUAGUGCCCAACACCUACUGUGGCCGCGGCAUCUCUGUGAGCACGGGUCUUAUGGGCGCCGGGUGCACGGCGUUGGUCGUUGCAGUCAUCGCCCGAAAACUCGAGCUAACUCGAGCAGAGAAGCACGUCCACAACUUUAUGAUGGACACUCAGCUGACCAAAAGGUUAAAGAAUGCAGCCGCCAACGUGCUCAGAGAAACGUGGCUUAUAUACAAGCACACUAAAUUAGUAAAACGGGUUAGUUAA